UCGUUUUCUUGGUGGGAGUAUUCCGAGUGCAGCGUGAGCUCCUCAUUGGUGCACAUUUUCUUGAAUUUUGUCAGCUUUUACGGAUUAAAACUCAUGAGUCGUUACAGAUCAUACUCUAGAUCUAGAUCGCGCUCUCGAUCUAGAUCUAGAUCACCUCGAAGAGAUUAUAGGUCACGGCGGUAUAGUGGUGGUGGUGGUGGUGGGGGUGGUUAUGGUGGCUAUGGCGGUGGCGGAGGAGGAUAUAGUCAGCGACGUUCCAGGAGUCCAGAAGACUAUGGAACAAGGCUUUAUGUAGGUGAUUUGGGCAUCGACUGCUCAAAGACUGAAAUUGAGAGGUCGUUUGGAAGGUUUGGCAAGAUAACAGAAGUGUGGGUAGCGAGAAAUCCACCAUGCUUUGCUUUUGUUGUCUACAAGCGUCGUGAGGAUGCUGAAGAGGCUAUGAGGGAGAUGGAUGGAAGAAUGGUGUGCGGUGGUAGAGUCAGAGUGAAUAUUGCCAGGCCUCGUACUCGCGGCAGGGGUCGGAGGGGUUUUGAUCCAAACCUUAGAUGUUACCAGUGUGGUGAACGUGGUCACUUCUCCAGAGAUUGUCGGUACUCUUCACGAAGGCGUUUCACCAGGUCCCGUUCACGUUCCAUUUCUCGCUCUAGACAAAGCAGAAGUAGAAGUAGGAGCCGGAGUAGAAGCAGGAGCAGAAGUCGCGAUAGAAGUCGUUCAUUGUCCAAGCACAAGAGCAAAAGUCCCAAAAAACGAAGUUAUUCAAGAUCUCGUUCCCGCUCAAAAUCGCGGUCCCCAGCUCCAAGUAAAAAUCACAAAAGAAGCAGAUCUGGAUCGUUGAGAAGCUCAAGUAAAAGCCCUCGGAAAAGGAGGAGUGAAUCUGGUUCACCAAGAAGAGAUGGCACCAGCCCCGCUAGAAGGUUUGCUGAAAUAGAAAAGUCUGCUGUAAUAAUAGAUUCAGCCUGAUAACAAUUAUAAACAACUCAUCUCAUUGCCAACACAGGUCCCCUACAUUUGAAAAAGAAACUCCAAAAAAAUCACCGAAAAUCAAGUUAGAUAAAUCUGAAGAACAUCAACCAAAUUCAAUUAAGUCAGAAAACUCUGAUCAAGAAACAACAACCACAGCCACAGUUACAGAAGAUGUGAAGACUGAAGAAUAAUUUACAUAAAUUGUAUUUGGAAGUUGAAUACCAAUAUUAGUCUAAGACAGGUUACAAAACUAAUGCAUGAUAAAUAUGUAAAUAGCGAAUGUACAUGAUAUAGUAGCUUCAAUUAUGUGAACAUCUCAAGUACCUUUAUCUGUAUGUUCUGUACACUUAAUAAUCUUAUGCUAGCAAUACAUCCAUACACAACCUGAUCAACCCAUGCCUGAAACAUUGACUGGGCUAGAAUAAAUUGCCUUCCUGGUCAGACUGGAUUUGUUUGAUUAUGUAUUUUCGUCUUUUUUUUCUUUUUUUUUAAAUCUGUGUUGAUUAUAAAGGCACUGGGUUGUUCCUCUCAGCCGUUUGUCAUGUUGUAUUUCGUUGUAGAUCAUAAAGUAAUGGUCUUGUUCCUGUAUGUAUUUUAGCUUCUGUAAUGUUUAACAGGGUUAAUAAGAGAGGACAAUCCUAUUUUGUUGUGUUGUGUUGUGAAACUAAUUCAUGCUCUCAAAACAUGAGUGAAAAAUUAGUCUCCUCUCAAACUGUAUUUGAAAAGUGUAUUCAAAGUGUAAAAUUAUGUUCCAGUUUAUCCAGAAUAAAGUUUUUCAAAUUAAA